CUUCUUUGGCUUGAAUAAAUAAAAUUUGAUAUAAUUUUCUUUAGAUGAAAUUUAUAUGAAGAAUAAACAAAUAUAACACUGAUUAUCAGUGUUGAUGUAGUUGUAUAUUCGUUAUCAUAGCGCAAGUCGUUGGAAUGCAAAAUAUGCUAGGAGUUAUUUAUAACAAUCAUUCAGACUAGUACAGAAAAAAAUAUUUCUCAUAUUUAAUGAAAACUGCUGUUUGCGUAAGUGCUGAACGUAACUAAGGAAUUUUAAUACUGAAUUUCGAUAAUAUCUUUGAGGAGGUUACAAGUAUAUCAUAUACAGGAAGAUGUCCAUUUCAUAAUUAACUUUAAAAGGAUAUACUACUUAAAAUUCUUGAGUAUAGAAGUGUGUCGGGAAAUAGAAAAGGAAAAGGGGAUUGAUUUAAGUAUGAUGGCAUUCGAGAGACAAGAUAAUACUCCGACGUAUGUUAACUUUCAAAUCCGUAAAGAAUUAGCCAAAGGAGAUAUGUUGAGAGGAGAUUAUAUAUACACAGAACAAGAACCUAGAACUAUGCAGCAGCAACAGGCACAAUACAGGGACCCUCCUCCUUACCCAGGACAUUCUAAACAAAUGUAUAGCCAACAAUCAGGUUUGAGGCAAAGUUUUUCAGGAAGUGAAACUAGUACAGAUGUAUCUGUGUCUUCUAUGGAAAACUUAUCAACAACACAAAGACAAGAACCCCAAGGGGAGGAAACUCACACACCGACCCAACAAAGUUACCAUCAGCCGGAGUUUAGUGAGAUGGGUUAUAGUAUAUUAGAAAGACUUGGAAUGCCAAAGACUGCAAUGGACUUUAUUCCGACUACAAAUCAGCCAUAUUAUAAUAUGUCAGGACAUCCACAACACUGUAUUCCGUACCCCACAGAUCCUAAUGGAUAUUUGAACUGUCCAUCGUGUUCAGUUUCACAAUGGCAAACAAAUCCAAGUACAUUUAGUGGAAUUUGUACAGGAAUUAAAAAUUCAUCAGUUAGUAGUGAAAAUGUGACAACUUUUUCGAACGCUCCUAUUUAUUCUAGUCCUAGCUGGAAUAUAGAACAUUCUCCUAAUCAGCUACAGUCGAGUUAUUUUACAACUUUACCUCCACCUCCAGAGUACCCUGGUACUAAAGCUAAUGAACUUCGAAGGUCUUAUGAAACUGUAGAAAGAACAGACAUGACAACAUGUCGAUCACAGCCAGAUCUGUCUCGAUACAUGGAAGCUCAUAAUAAACAAAGUCACCAUGGAAGUGGACAUUUAUUAAGUGUUGAACGCGAUCACACAAACUUCGGAUCAAGAUUACCAGUUCAAAAUGUGCUACUACCAGAAAUGGAUGAUUGCAGUGUUUUAACAGCAAGUACAGGCAAAAUGUUAAAUAUUUUAACUGAUGAAAAUAAGAAACUUCGAGAGGACUUGAACAAUUACCGUAGAAAAGUUGCCAUUUUACAAAAGUUUGAAUUAGAAAUUAAGAAAGUUCAUGAAGAUUAUGAAUCCUUAGUCCAAUCAUCAAGAAAAAGAGAGAAAUUAGAAAAUAUGAGGAAGAAACGAUAUGAAGAAGAAAUUAAGAAAUUGUACUUGUCCAAUAAACAGUUACAAGAAAAAGUUUCAUCAUCAGACACGUCUUUAGAUGGGAAAUCAGAAAGGGAAGUACAGACAACACAGAAGAACUAUGAAAUGGAAAUAGUAGCUCUGAAAGGGGAAGUUACGGAAUGGAAAGACAAAAAUGGCAUUUUAGAUGAUGCUUUAACUAAUGCUCAAUCAAAUGUUGUUCAUUUGGAAAAAGAGUGCUGUAAAAAACAAGUCCAGAUGGAGAGAUUAGAAAACUUACAAAAGGCUUUCUCCUCAUUACAAGCAGCUUGUUCCAAAAGAGAACAAAUGGAAAAACAACUUCGAACAAGAUUAGAAAAAGAAAAUGAAACACUUAAACAACAAAUAAAGGGUAAAGAUCCCAAAACAAUAGAAAAGAAGACAGACGAAAUUUUAGACACCACAAAUCUUUCUUCUUUACAAAGACUACUGAAUGAAAAAGAUGCAAAGAUAUUAGAACUAAAAACAGAAGUUAUAAAGUGGGAACAAAAAUAUUUAGAAGAAAAUGCCCUGCGACAAUUUUCACUACAGAAUAUGUAUAGCAGUUCUAGUGACUCUUUAAAUACAAUGGAGCUAGAGAAUGAGAAACGAGAGAAACUUCGCCAAAUGGAAGAAAUUAUUUACAACAAACAGCAAAUGCAAGAUCUAGAGGCAAAGGUAAAAGCACUGCAGACACAGCUUGCAGAGAAAGAUGCAAUGAUUCGUGUAUUUCAGCGAUCCCCAAUGAUGAGAAGUAGUAGUGUGCAUACUUUAUCAUGUUCUCCCCAGCAUUCUCCCCGUCCUUCUAUGACAAGUUCACUUAGUCGCCAGUUUGAUAUGCCUUCUAGUAUAUAUGCAACAAUAAGACAUAAUAAAACAGGUAGUACAAGUGCAUUAGAAACAGGGAGAGCAAUGUCUCUAGAUGAUGAUUUAAAAGACAAGUUUGAUAGCAUCCACUUAGAGAAUAAAGAUGAUUCUUCCGAAGAGGAAGGAGAAAAAGUAUGGCAGGUGUGAACAAGGAGAGAAAGAAUGGUUGAAGUAAACAAACAAUUCUUUUGAAAUCAAGGUUUUUGUGGACCUUGGACUUGAGUUUCGCAAAAUUAGUGCUUUAUCUGUUAUGUGUAUUAAGAUCUAUGGUUGUUAGUAUUUCCAAGAAUAGUUUUGACGUUGUUUCUUUUUUCGUAAGCAUAUUUUGUUUCGUCUGGGACUGCAAAUUUGUAUUCUCAUUUUUUUGGUAAAUAAGCUUAUGUACUAGAAACAACAGGCAAGUUUUGUUACAGACAAGACUUGAACAUUGAAAGUUUAUCGGAAACAUUCAGUGUUUUCAAGGACUUAGUGAAUUAUAAACUUUCUGUUAAUUACAGAAGACGGUUUCGAAGUUUUUCCUUGCUCUUUGGGAGUUAAGUUUUAUUAAGAUAAAACAGCUCCAUUAUCUGAAUUGAAUGAAAAAAGUAUACAUUACUAAAAAAUUGAAAUGAAAGAAAAAAAUCAUUUAUUUAGAGCUAUCAUGAUUUAGAAUAUUCAUUGAAGUUUAAAAAAAGAGCUAACUUGCUCUUAAAAUCAGGUAUAGAAGUGAAAUAGCUAUGUAGUAAAAUACCUGUCACAUUUCAUAUCUCAUUUUAAAGGAAUGUUAAAUGCUUUAUUAGUUCGAUAUGUUUGAAAAACAAAUGAUUUUAUCAGUUUUUCAGAUUGAAAGUUUUUUUCUUAUUUGAAUUUCAUAUCAUUUCUUCCAUAGUUUUCUGAAUUCUAUCAUGCUUAGGGGGGUGUUUAAAGGGUCUUUAAUUAAAUAUAUUAUUUUAUAGGGAGAGUUUCCUUGUGCACAAAAUUUUAGUUAAAAUUCUAUAAAAUGAGAUUAUCCUCAUAAUUUUAAUGAAAAAUUUGCCCUGAUCCAACAAUAAAAACUUUCUUGAAUAGGAUAUUCAAAUUUUCAAAUCACGACAACUUCUUAUGUGAAUUUAUUUUGUAGGUAUAUAGAAAACAUCAAAUUGACCUUCACCUCUGACCCACACAUAUUUAAAUCUCUUUGAAUUAAAAUUGUACAAAAUAUCAUUAUCUCUUUACCAAGACACACAAUAUAACAAUUCAUUAUUCUUUGUAUAUGACUUCAUAAGCUUUCACUGAGGCAGUUGAUCUGCUUUUAGUAAGCGUCAUUUUAGAUCAUCCGUUAUUAAUGGCUUCUUCUAUAUCUGGUCAACUUUCUUCAUAUUAGAAUUCCAUAUUUAGAACAUAACCAAAUUAUGACUGCUAGAUUUUAAGAGCCAUAAUGAUUCAGACAGUUUUGUGUCUGACCUUGGCAGCUUUGUGGUUUGUUUGAUUAUAAAACAACUUGUCUAUUUUUGGUUCAAUUGACUUUGUUUGGUCAAAAUAUUAUUGUUUUUUACUGGUUAAUUUAUUGAAUGUAUGGAGAGAACAAAAUGACACCAUUGUCUUUCAGUGUGAGAGUUGCUAAGAAAGAGAUUUGGAUUAGAAAGAUACAUUGCUAGAACCAAAUUUAUGUUAUCUAUGUAAAAGAAAGUGUUCAUAUGUUCAUUAUCAUAAUUUGUAUAUAGUCACCCUAUUGAGAUUAUUGUCAUAUGUUUAGAAGUGCAAUACUAGUUACUGUGGUGCUAUCAACAUGAAGUGUUAGAGAUAUUGUAUAAAAUUAUUAUCAGAAUGUAGAUAUUUGCUAGGGUUUUUGAAAAUUAACUUGUUUCUUAUGAUUCAAUUCAUCAACAAAGUGAUUUAACUUUAUUUGAGUAAUUUGUCUUAAAACACAUUUUUUUCAUUGCACAUUUUACAUACAAAAGUAAUAUAAUUGUUACUUGCUUGAUAUUAUUCACAAUUUUGUUGUAAACAUUUUGACAGGAAGGCAAUCAAAACUGCUGUCUUCCUAAAUUGUGUGUUUUUAACCAACACUUGAAUGAUGAUGAUGUACAUACUAUAUGUUAGAAAUGUUUACAUUUGAGCAUUUAACAGGGUAUUCUGCUGUUUGAAUCUCUUAUUUGUUUUUUGUUGUUUUUGUUGUUGUUGAUAUGCACGAUUAACUUGGGCAAACCUUGUUUUAGCAAUGUAUCCAAUAUUGAGUGUGAGAAGGGAGAUAAUUCAAUUUGAAAAUCCUGACUGGAGAAUAAGUCUCUGAGUCAUAUUUAUUUGUAAAUAUUUUUUAAAGUGCCAAUUUUUUAUGUAAACCAGCUGGACUGUGAUUUUUUAUUGUGUAAAAAUUGUAAAAUAUGAUGUCAAAAAUUAUCUAUGCAAAAUAAAACAUGAAAAUUGA